GCUUUUUCCACAGUAGGAGAAAGAACUAGAUACGAAGAAUUUGCUUUUCAACGAACAGAACCAGGAUCCCAUUGCGAUUUUACUGGUGUCUCUAAUGCCAAUGUUACAUCAAGAACCCAGAAUUCAUCCUCACAAAAUACUGCACGACGGAGAUUAAGAAGUGAGAGCUCUUAUGAUAUAGAUAACAUUGUGAUUCCCAUGUCAUUAGUAGCACCAGCCAAGUUAGAGAAACUCCAGUAUAAAGAAAUACUCACUCCACGGUGGAGGAUGGUUGUUCUUCAGCCUCUAGAUGAGCAUGACUUAAACAAAGAAGAGAUAGAAGAUCUUUCUGAUGAAGUCUUCUCCCUAAGACACAGAAAAUAUGAAGAGAGAGAGCAAGCUAGAUGGUCACUCUGGGAGCAAAGCAAGUGGCACAGAAGAAAUAACAGAGCUUACAGUAAAAAUGUGGAAGGGCAGGACUUGGUUCCGAAGGAAUACUCAGGCGAACUUAACAGUGCUCAGCAGUGUGCUGCCGAAAGUCCUCUGGAGCUCCCCGCAGAGAGCCCCAGUCUGUGUGCUCAGGACUCACUUUCUUUAAGUGAUGGUCAAGAAGUCAAGUCUUUGCGGUGGGAGCGGCGAGCUUUUCCACUGAAGGAUGAGGACACAGCAGACUUCUUAUGUCAAGAUGAAAGAAAGGAUGAGGCUGAGGGGGCAAGCCCAGCCGUCGGCGAUGAAGUCUUCUGUAGCUCUACACCAGAGAAUGGCCACCCUCCAAACUCAGAUGGAUUGGAAGAAUAUAAAACCUUUGCUAUAGGAGUUACUAAUGUGAAAAGAAAUAGGUGACAGGGGACAUAUUAAGAAAUCUAUGUAACUGAAAGGAAAAGAGGAAAAAAAUCUAAACCCUCUUCUGGAUCUUCCACCUCCUCUGCUCACAAUUCCAGAACGGGAGAAAGUGUUCCAUGUACACAUCUUUCACUGUUCAUGAAACAGGCCAGAAGUUUCUUUCUCCUUUCUGAAUCACAGAAGUAGCUAGCUUUUCACCUACACAAUGCUAGUAACUUGUUUGUCAAUAAUACAAAUCACAAGCACUAAGAUAUUAACUGCUGCAGUUUGAUGCCAAAUCACACUAUGGGGUAAUUGUUGAGGCAAGAGCCUUCUCUGACAAUACAGUUGAUUUGCAUCAAAUAACUAUUCUUCAUUUCUGUUCUCAAGACAGUUCACUAAAAUUGCCUCAAUAAUAUAUAAGAAUAUACUAGUGUGUAUACAGAACAUGUACACACACAGUGCACACAUAAUGUAGUCUUAUAUUUGCAUGUAUGAACUACUCUAUGCAUUGGAUGUUGCCAUGAAUAUCUAGCACAGGUGUUGACUGAUAACAGAGUUCUGAAAGAUUUGACUGUGGAGAGGGAGUUGUUUUUCUUUUAUUCUAAAAAUUCUUUAACCAAUAUAAGUUAUUUAUGGAAAUUCUUAUAUCAGAUAACACAAUAUUCAUUUAUUUGAAAUCAUUGUUCUCUCUUGAACUAACCACAGGCUUUCUGCUUACUCAUAACAAUUAAGAGAAGCAACUUAAGAGUUUAAUAUAUUGAUUCAUUUUAAAACUAUUGUCUUUGAAAUUUCACCAAGUUUUAGUUGCCUUAUGUACCUCUUCAAGACAGUAAUUUAAAAAUGUAAAACAGCACACAAAUCAUAAUGUGGCUGCAAUUCUAGCUAAUGUACAGCUAGAAGCUUCUAAUUUGGUUUCUUCUUGGCAUAGCUUAUAUAAAUACCUACUCUUACAGGUAUCCUAGAUCAAGAAUACAAGUUUUCUAAGACCAAGACUUUAAUACAGAAUACUGAGGAGUGUACAUUAAGGAAAAUUCUUUUUGAAGCUAUAAACACCAUUUUUUUUUUUUUCUAGAUGAAAGUUAAGGACAAUUUGUAUCAACCACUUCUUGUUAUGCAAAGAAAGGUUACUCAAUUUGUAGUUCUCAUACUACUGAGUAUCCUGGCCACUGGGCUUGGAAUCUAUGGGAUUAGAUACUUAAGGUUUUGUUGAGGAUUAGGAAUUAAACUGGUCCCUGAAAAAGGGGGGUGGGGGAGCCAUUGAAAAUUCAAUACUUACAAACUUUUGCUUAUAGUUUUACUGUACAUUUAUUUUUAAAGAAAAAGAUAACAAAAGCCAGAAAAAUACAAGUUGUCCCAGCAAGUAAAUUCAAAUCUUUGUCAUGACUGAUAUUAUAAUCUUUUACAUAGUUUUUUAAUUAAAGUUAUUUCUAUAUGCCUUGUAUUGUGUGGUUUGAUUAAAUGCUAUUAUUCAUGGCACAAACCUUUCAUAAGCUAAAAAAAAAAAAAAAAAAAAAAAGGAAAAAAACAAAA